AUGGGGGACUUUAACUGCAGUUUACUGGGACCUGAUAACUACGACAAGACCAACUUGGCUAACCUCUUCCGUUCCUGUAAUUUAACUAUUCUUCUACUAAACACCACUCACCACACAGCUACUGCCGACACAUUGCUGGAUGUUAUGGCAGUUGCUGACCCGGAUCGCGUUGUGCAUCAUGGACAAUACCCUGCCCCUGGCCUUUCUCGACAUGACCUCAUCUUCUGUGUUUACAGACUAUCCAUUCCUAAGGCGUGCCCCAAAUUCGUAUCCUUCAGAAAUUACAAAUAUAUUGAUUCAGAUGCUCUUCUCAAUAAUGCGUGGGCUUUACCAUGGAAUGAGGUAAUUCUAGCCCCUACUGUUGAUCUUAUGGUCAAUAAAUUUAGCUCUUUUGUUUCUUCACUUUGUGACCAGCACGCUCCACUGGUGACAAGGAGGGUUACUAGGCGGCCAGCUCCCUGGAUCACAGAUGUUAUACGUAAUUUGCAGGCUCAAAGAGAUUCUGCAUUUCGUAAAGCAAAACGUACUAAGUCACCUGCUGAUUGA